AUGCGUUCAAAUUAAACGGGACGCUUUAAAAAAAAAAAAAACUUUUAUUGUGAAAUGAGGAAAUGACGUUAUGCGCCCAGUGCCUGUCCAUCCGAUUGAAAGACGUUUUCACACGCAGGCAAUGAGUGAUAUUUAAUAAGUCCGAAACGAGCAACCCUCGCGUUAUCCCGCCGGAGCGCGUCUGCGUGCGUCUGCGCAGAUGGACAGCGUGAGCAGCCACAGCGUGUACGUGCUGCAGCAGCUGCAGGAGCAGCGCAUCCAGGGCCUGCUGUGUGACUGCAUGCUGGUGGUGAAGGGCGUCUGCUUCAAAGCGCACAAGAACGUGCUCGCCGCCUUCAGCGCGUACUUCAGGUCUCUGUUCCAGAACUCACCGGCGCAGAAGAGCGAUGUGUUCCACCUGGCCAUCCAGGACGUGGGCGGCAUCGGGCAGGUGCUGGACUACAUGUACACCUCACACCUGGAGCUCAACCAGGACAACGUGCACGCGCUGAUGGAGAUCGGGCAGAGCCUGCAGGUGUUGAACAUCUUGAACAUGUGUCAGGCGUUCCUGAAGCCCUGUGCGUCGACCGACGCAUCUCUCUCUCUCGCCGGCGACGCAGCUAACGAUCAGGACGGUGUGAUCGGAGGAACGUUAGCGUCAGACACAGAUCUACACAAGCCCCUGCCUCACGGAUACAAGCUCAGGAACUUCUACACCAGACAGUAUCUGAAGCAGAGCUGCAGCUUCCCGCCGGAGGAGCCGCUCCCGACCAGCGCUCCUGCAGCAGACCCCGCCCACCCGUGCAGCUCUGGCCCCGCCCACCCGUGCAGCACAGACUCAGCCAAUCCGUGCAGCUCUGGCCCCGCCCACACAUGCAACACAGAUUCUGCCCAUCCGUGCAGCUCUGGCUCCACCCACCCAUGUAGCAUAGACUCCUCCCAUCCAUGCAGUUCUGUCUCCUCUAAUCCGUGCGUAUCAGACUCCGCCCACCCCUGCAGCUCAGACUCCGCCCACCUGCACGUCCUGCGGCCGAAGAAAACCGUUUACCUGAAGAAGUUCAACUACCUUCGCUCGCACGUAAGUGUGGAGGAGGAGGGGGCGGAGCACUGUGACCCACAAGUGGCCACGCCCACUCGCCCCGCCCAUGCCUCGGACCUCUCCGUGACCUCUGACCCAGCAGGAGUGUCCGAGCUGAAGAUGGCGGCUGUGGAGGAGCCCAGCGACCCGAGAGGUCACGCAGAGAGGUCAGAGGUCAGCAGCGGGAACAAAUACUGCUGUGAGGUUUGUGGAAAGACGUUCAAGCAUCCCAGCAACCUGGAGCUGCACAAGCGCUCACACACAGGUGAGAAGCCGUUCCAGUGUAACGUGUGUGGGAAAGGAUUCUCACAAGCAGGAAACCUGCAGACGCAUCUGCGCAGACAUUCAGGAGAGAAGCCGUACAUCUGUGAGCUCUGUGGAAAGAGUUUUGCAGCGUCUGGAGACGUCCAGCGACACAUCAUCGUCCACUCUGGAGCGAGACCGCACCUCUGUGACAUCUGUGGACGAGGUUUCAGCAACUUCAGCAACUUGAAGGAACACAAGAAGACACACAGCACCGAGAAGGAGUUCACCUGUGAGCAGUGCGGGAAAUCCUUCAACAUGCAGAGGAAGCUGUUCAAACACAAGCUCCGACACACAGGAGACAAGCCCUACAGCUGCCAGACCUGCGGGAAGUGUUUCGCGGGCUCCGGGGAUCUCCAGCGUCACGUGCGCUCUCACACAGGCGAGCGGCCCUACACCUGUGACACCUGCGGGAAGAGCUUCUCUCGCACCGCAGUCCUGCGCAGACACCGCAGCUCUCACUGCAGCCGCGCAGACGCAGACACAGACUCCUGCAGGAGCACAGAGGAGAUGAGCAGCGGAGCACUCUGGGGACGAGCCAUGAAGACCCUGCAGAACCACUCCCAGAACUGAACUUCCUGUCACAUGACCUCUGAGGGGCUGCCAGGCUCCCAGGCUCCCCAUUAAACACUGGACUGAGCCGUGCGUGUGCGUGUGCGUGUGUGUGUGUGUGUGUUCACGAUGACAGUUACUGAUCAGUUAGUCAAGACUCUUCUGUCUGUUUUUAAACUUCUUGGAUUCUGGAAACAUGUUUGGAAUCAAGAUUUUGUAAGUAAUUCAUAACAGUGAACUAUUAUUAAAAUGUAAAGCAGCUGUUUUCUCUGUGAAUGUGUUAAAGUGUCGUUUAUUUCUGUAUCUUCAGCGUCACAUGAUCUUCAGGAAUAAUAGACUGAUUUACUGCUCAACAAACAUUUCUGAUUAUCAAUUUUGAAAACAUUUUUUAUUUCUGUAAAAACGCAUGCAUUUUAUUUUUCUGGGUUCACAGAUGAAUAGAACGUUUAAAAGAGCAGUAUGUUGAUGUAGAAGUCUACUGUAACUAACAUCUUUAGUGUUGUUUCUCAAGCAGUAGAUCAGUAUAUUAUCAUGAUUUCUGAAGAUCAUGACUCUGAAGACUGGAGAGAUGAUGCUGAAAAUACACUUUAACACACAUUCAUAGAAAACAGGGCUGUGCAUUACAAUAAUUUAACGGUUUACUGUUUUAUUAAAUAUUAAUAUCAGACAUCUUCUUGGAGAUUAUUCACAUUAAGGCUGUAAAUAAUAUCAGUUUCACACAAGGCUUUAGUUGAUGACUAAAACAUUCAUUCUUUCUCUUCAGUCUUUCAUUAAAAUGCUCUUCUUUAAAACGUUGUAUGAUUCUCUUAAAGAUCCGUAUCUGAUUUAAAUCAGUAAAUAAAGCUGAUUCAUUUCCAGAAAAACAUGAACAAACGUGCAGCUUCA